CAAAAUGGAGCUAUCAAACAAACUCCGUUGGGACCAAUUCCUGAUUUUGGCAGCAGCACUUAUGUCACCUGCAUUAACGGUGCUGUGUAAUGAUAUCCUCAGCCUGAAGGUGGCAGGAGAUCCAGUGCUAACCCCUAACUCAGUGUGCCUGAGGGUGGCAGGCCUCAGUAAGCGCCAGAUGCGAAUGUGUGUGCGGAGCCCCGAUGUGACAGCCUCUGCUCUACAGGGCAUCCAGGUGGCCAUCCACGAAUGCCAGCACCAGUUCCGGGACCAGCGCUGGAACUGCUCCACACUGGAGGGCCUUGGCAAGCUGCCCCACCACAACACCAUCCUCAACAGGGGUUACCGUGAGAGUGCCUUCUCCCUGGCCUUAUUGGCAGCGGGUGUGGCUCACUCUGUGGCCUCGGCCUGCAGCAUGGGCAAGCUGCAGGGGUGUGGCUGUGAGGCCAAGCGUCGCCAGGACGAUGACAAGAUCCGGCUGAAACUCACACAGCUGCAGCUGCAGACCUUGCAGAAGGGUGGGGUAGGCAUCGGCAUGACACGGUCAUUGCCCCUGGAGUUAAAUGGUCGCCAUGGUGACCUGCCUGCUAACCUGCGCUCUACCCACCCCUCUGCCUUGCUCAAGCCUUUGCCAGAUGAGCUUAGCUCCAUGCAGGAGACCUGGGAGUGGGGGGGCUGCAGUCACGAUGUCCGUUUUGGGGAACGUUUCUCCAGGGACUGGCUUGACUCCCGUGGGUCUCCAAGAGAUAUUCACGCUCGCAUGAGGAUACAUAACAACCGUGUGGGACGACAGACAGUGACUGACAACAUGAAGAGGAAGUGCAAAUGUCAUGGCACAUCAGGGAGCUGUCAGUUUAAGACCUGCUGGCAUGUGUCUCCAGAGUUCCGGCUAGUGGGUUCUCUGCUCAAGGAAAAGUACCUGUCAGCCAUUUUUGUUAACUCGCAGAAUAAGAACAAUGGGGUUUUCAACCCUCGAACAGGAAACGGCGCCAGCGGCAGUCCAGGGGGACUCAGCGGAGGUCGUCGUCGCAGCAUGUCCAGAGAGCUGGUGUAUUUUGAGAAGUCUCCUGAUUUCUGUGAGCGUGAUGCCUCUGUAGACUCUCCGGGUACACAAGGACGUAUCUGCAACAAAACCAGCUACAGCACAGACAGCUGCAGCUCACUGUGCUGCGGCCGUGGACACAACAUCCUGAAACAGACACACAGCGAGCGCUGCAAUUGCCGAUUUCACUGGUGUUGCUACGUGCUGUGUGAGGAGUGUCGUCUCACAGAGUGGGUCAACGUUUGCAAAUAGAUUCCAGUUCUCCUCGUCCCCAGCUGCCUUUACCCAUCCAGGACUCAAGAUGGCGAGCCUGUCCCUUCGCCCACUCCUGUUGUUCAAGUGUUUGUUUUGCUCUUUUUGUAACUCUCCCAGAGAAUCUGUUUACCCCCCCCCCCCCCCCCCCCCACCCCCACCUUUCCUUUUUUUGGUCCAUCAUCUGGGAUCUAUUUUCUCUUUGUAGCCGCUGUUAUUCUCAAAAUGCCAAGUCAGAGAUUGAAGAGGUGACUCAUGUCAUUUGUCUUGCCAUGGUCUGUUUAGACGCUGCCCUCUCGGCCAUGAAAAUGGCCUAUACCCCAUCGUUUCUAUCCCACAAAACAAAGACGAGCAACAGCAGAAAAGCAUUUCUGUGUCAGUGUCUUCAUGCUGACUCAUGACAUCACAUUGUACAAUAGCUGUGUAUUUUAAUGUGUACAUGUAUAUUUGUAAAUGUAUUAUUAUUAAUAUUAUUAUUGUGUUGGCGCCUGUCUUUUUGGUUCUAGUAAAUCUCAGUCUGAUGCUGACUUAGUGGAACCAGUGCUG